GAGUCCAGCGAAGCGACUUCUGCAGGUGAAGAAAGGGAUGCAGGAAGCACCCGCCAUGGCUGCUAGCCUUCUCCCCACAGUCCUCCAAAGAUGAAGCCUGCAUCGACUCUGAAGCCAUCCUCAGAGCUUGCCCCGUCUCAGCAUGGGAUUCGCUGCCUUGAAAAUGAAGGGAGACUUGUGCCUUCCACCCCGUGGUCCCCAGCUGCUUUCCUUGUGUGCUGUCUGCCUGCUCCCUUUCCUCUCCACUCCCGGUGUCCUUACUUGUUCAGUCGCCCCCAGUGUGGCCACUGCCUCUUCAAGCCCCCUCCAGUUCUUCAUCAGCAGGAGCUCCACUCAUCCCUCAAGGUUUUCUACAAUCCCUGCUGUCCCCUUGGCUAAAAUGAAUGCUUGGCCAAAGGAUGUGGGCAUCCUUGCCAUGGAGGUGUAUUUCCCUGCCCAAUACGUGGACCAAACAGACCUGGAGAAGUACAACAAUGUAGAAGCUGGGAGGUACACGGUGGGCUUGAGCCAAACCCAUAUGGGCUUCUGCUCGGUGCAGGAGGACAUCAAUUCCCUGUGCCUGACAGUGGUGCAGCGGCUGAUGGAGCGCACGAAGCUCCCGUGGGAGUCUGUGGGCCGGCUGGAAGUGGGCACCGAGACCAUCAUCGACAAGUCCAAGGCUGUUAAAACAGUGCUCAUGGAGCUCUUCCAAAACUCAGGCAACACUGACAUUGAGGGCAUAGAUACCACCAAUGCCUGCUAUGGUGGCACUGCCUCCCUCUUCAAUGCGGCCAACUGGAUGGAGUCCAGCUCCUGGGAUGGUCGCUAUGCGGUGGUGGUCUGCGGGGACAUUGCAGUGUACCCCAAAGGAAAUAUUCGCUCCACAGGCGGGGCCGGGGCCGUGGCAAUGCUGCUUGGGCCCGAGGCUCCCCUGGUCCUUGAGCGAGGGCUUCGGGGAACCCACAUGGCGAACGUAUACGAUUUCUACAAACCAGACGGUUCUACAGAAUACCCAGUGAUAGAUGCGAAGUUAUCCAUUCAGUGCUACUUACAGGCCUUGGACCGAUGUUACGCAGUAUACCGUCAAAAAAUCCAGAACCAGUGGAAGCAAGCUGGCAUCGACCGACCUUUCACUCUCGAUGAUUUACAGUUCAUGAUUUUCCACACACCCUUUUGCAAGAUGAGCCAGAAAUCCCUGGCUCGCCUGAUGUUCAAUGACUUCCUGUCCACCGGUAGCAACACACAGAUCAGCUGCUACAAGGGGCUGGAGGCCUUCAGGGGGCUAAAGCUGGAAGACACCUACAACAACAAGGAGCUGGAGAAAGCUUUGCAAAAGGCCUCUCUGGACAUGUUCAACAGGAAAACCAAGGCUUCCCUUUACCUCUCCACGCACAACGGGAAUAUGUAUACGUCGUCGCUGUAUGGGUGUCUGGCCUCACUUCUGUCCCAGCACUCUGCCCAGGACUUGGCUAGCUCCAGGAUUGGGGCCUUUUCCUAUGGCUCUGGCUUGGCAGCCAGUUUCUUUUCACUUCAAGUGUCCCAGGACACUUCUCCAGGGUCCCCCCUGGAAAAGCUGGUGUCUAGUAUGUCAGACCUGCCAAAACGCCUUGCCUCCAGGAAGCGCGCGUCUGCUGAGGAGUUCGCAGCAGUGAUGGAACAAAGAGAACAAUUCUACAACAAGGUGGACUUCUCGCCCCCUGGGGACAUAAAGAACCUUUUCCCAGGCACCUGGUACCUGGAGAGAGUGGAUGGGCUGUAUCGCCGGAAGUACGCCCGCUGUCCCGUCUGAAGCUGCUCCAUGGAGCGUGGUCCCUGGGAAAAGUGCGCUAGCAGAGCUUCUGCCCACGAAUCAUGUAAAGAAAAACAAACAACGACCCAGUUGUAAACAGAUUGGAUUGGACACACCAGCCCGUAAGCCCUGGCCCUGUAGAGUGACAGUCACCCUCAGUGCGUCCUUCAUGCCUUUUCCUGCUGUAGUCACUGUCAUGGGCUUGUGGCUCUGUGGGUCAGGGGCCCUUUGAGAAAAAGAGGGCAGGGGAAGAGGCCUGGCCUUGACCUCCAGAAAUGGGACAGAUCAGUUGUCUCCAGGAUCCGGAUGACUUGCCCAUCGUCCAUUGUAGCUUUGCUUUUAUUAUUAUUACUAAUUUUCUGUGCUGUUCUGUCUUUAUUGUUUCUUUCAGUUUUCUGUGAAUUUCUAAAUUUUAUACCUGGUACUAAUAUAAUGGUACUAAGCUAAUAUAACACUACUAAAAAGGUAGAGAAGAGAGGGGGAAGAGGUGAAGGGUGUCUCCAUUGUACAGCAUUAGAUAAGAACUGGACUUUGGCCCUGGCCAGCAUGGCUCAGUUGGCUGGACCGUCGUCCCCAACCAAAAAGUUGCGGGUUCGAUUCCAGAUCAGGGCAACAUACCUAGGUUUGAGUUCACUCCGUGGCCCGGGCGUGUACGGGAGGCAACCAGUCAAUGCUUCUCUCACACAUGGAUGUUUCUCUCUCUCUCUCCCUUUCUCUCUCUCUAAGAAGCAAUGAAAAACAUGUCCCUGGGUGAAGAUAAAACAAAUAAGUUAAUUAGACUUUGGGAGGUGAUAACUUUGUAGUGUAUACAGAUGUCGAAUUAUAAUGCAUGCUGUAUACCCGAAAUUUAUAUAAUAAAUAAAAGUAAAGGGCAAGAGAGGCAACCAAGCCCCAACUGUGCACAGAAACAAAAAUCACAAGCAAGAAAAUGAAAUGAGCUACUCGAAAGAGAAGAGGAGGAAACAAUUCUUCUAUUUCCUGGAAACCAGAACAUAAAAAAAAAUCACACUGGCUGCUGGACGGAGAGGCAGAGAAGCCUGCCCCGCCCCCUGGCCCCUGGCUGGGAGGCCCCUCCUGACCUUGACUCCCCCACAGCCCUUUGACUGCUGAGCUCGCACUGCCCAGUCCCCCCUCCCCGUCACUCUGUUCUCUGAGAGGCUCUGGGGCAACAUGGGCAGGGAAACACACUGCCCGGCCCCCAGCUUCCUUCCCUGAUCUAAAGAUGUCCCACAGAGGACAGCCAGCGACAGGGGCCGCAGUGACUGCCCGGAGCUUGCAGAUCAAAGCUCCUGGUCUUUAUCAGUG